AAUGUCAAAUCUUCUGCUUCAUUCCUCACUGCCAGAGUCACGAGGAGCCUCCAUUCAGCAGAUCUCGAAUGAGGAGAAUCGAGUGAAGAUCCCAAGGUGGAGAGGUGCCUUAUGCCCGAAAAAAAAACUGAAUGAGCUGCGGCUUGUAAAUUUUGUGAAAUUUAUCGCCGAUCAGCUGGUGUGGUCAUCACGCUCUGUGAAUGCGAGUGCUGCGUGGCUUUCGCUUUUGACCAACUCCAGCUUCUUUGAUAUAAUCGACAAAUGCCUGCUAUGGAGAUCAGCACGGGCUUCCAAAAGAGUGAAUGGGAUGAGGCCCAAAGAAUUCAGAUAAGCGAGGACCUGAUAAUGGCAGCCAAGGAUGAGCUUAGGAUUUUGGCGUUGGUGGAGGGUACUCCGGCUCUGAAGAAGCCAGAAGUGCUUCAGAGGGCCAUUGAAAGAUACCUCCACUGCUGGCUUCCUCUGGCUCAGACCCAUAUGAACGGGGGCUCCAAAUGUCUUGAGCCCCCGCUGGACUGUGCUUGGAUCUGGCACUGUCACAGGCUCAAUCCGGUCCAAUAUGGAAAAGAUUGUCGCAAUUUGUUUCAGAAAUUAGUUCAUUUGACACCCUUGUACCUUGCCAAAUCUCCAUUCGGAGAAGAGAAACUACGAGCUGAGACGGAGAGAGAGACAAUUCAGUUGUGGAGUGAGACAUACCCGCAUGAACCCUACCAUUUUGUACGAUACGGUGAAGAUGGGUCCGAGUGUACCUUUUCGACUACUAGUUUCCCUCCUAGCAAAGUACGGUACAAUCUGCUCGCGGCAGCAGAACGUCAGUCUUCGUUCUACUACCAGGUGAACCGGCCAUGGAUGUCUGAUGAGACAUAUCUACAAGAAGCCGAGAAGAGAUACAGAGGCUUUCUUCAUCUUAUUAGACGUGCUUCAAAGGCGGCGGAGUACAAUGAUGGCCCCCGUCCUUUCAUUGUCCCCACAUACGAUGUUGAUUUGUUGUGGCAUGCACACCAGCUUCGUCCCUUGGCUUACAGAUUGGACAUGGUAAAGCUGAUCGGCAGAGUUCUAGAUCACGACGAUACCGACAGUGAUCGGAGCGAAGGCCAAAAGCUUAACACAAGCUUUUUGGACACUUGUGAAUUAUGGCUAAAAACUUUUGGCUCAGUCUACGAACAGGCUGGUGCAAUGUACAGAGGUCCCGGUUUUGAUCCUGCACCUCCUGCUCCAUCACAGACAGGGAAGCUCAACUUGAAGACAACAUUCAUGGAGGAACUUAUGCAGGCCAACUCUCAGCUACUAAAAAGGGAAACUGUACAGGUCCAUCUGGUGUUAUUUGGUGCUGGAAACAUUCCUCAGAGGCUAUCAGGAAGCCAUUUUUUUGUACAGGUGACAGCUAUGAACAAAUGUCCUACAAUGAGACUCAUUACAGAACCAGUGAAGUGCUCGACCACCCAAUUAACCUGGAACCAAGGAUUCACUUUUGAAGCUGAAAUCUCGACGGAGGGCUUGCAACUGGACCUUAUGUUCUAUUCAGGUCCUAUUCCAGAGCCCAAAGCGACGUGCCUUGGAGGGCUUUCUGUAACUUGGAAUUCGAUUCUCAGUGGCCCUGCGCUUUCUUGCACGAGUUGGUCAACGAUUGAGCAGAAGUCCCCAGAUUCAGGUUUUGUAGCCUCUCAAUUACAUUACUCACUGUCGAUAACACCUCCAAGCGCUGCACCUUACAUUCUUCGCUUCAAACAAGGGCAUAUGACUGAUUAUAAUGGAUCUUCAGUGACGGCGAGUUCUGCCGUCGAGGAGUUCCGUCAGGAUGGACAAUGGCUCUCGAGAACGACAAUAGACCACUCUGGUGAAGCAAGAUUUGUUGUUAGGAUAAGAUCUUCCACGGCUGAAGAAGAAAAGCUUAUUAGAAUUCACCAAAGUACAUCGGAAGGAUUCCACCCUGAGAGAAAUGUUGUGGCGAUGGCCCAACGGUUGGCUGAGAAUGCAGACAACAUGCAAGAAUGGUCACUCUUCGGCGGAGCUGCUACUUUCACGAUUCAAGGACAUGGAUCAAACGGUUUAGAAGGUCACAUCCAAGGAAAUCUUGGUUUUCCAAUGAGGCUACUUGCCGGGAAGAGGUUGGAGUAUCAAGGACAAUCUGCAGCCCCAGGACUCUGCUUCACUCUCGUUCGAUACACCCCAGACUCUCCUCUGGGAAAGGCAACUGCCUUGAUCAAUUUGAGUUCGGCAUCCUUUGAGGUAACGAAGGAUGAAAGCGUAACGCUAGUUCUUUUACUUUCUUCAGCCCUUAACAUCUACUUGUCAGAGAUGAAGCCUACAUUGAGACCGCCGGUGUGGAAGAAACUUCCUUCAGCUGUGAGGAGACGGCAAAGAAGACGCUCCAAUGGCGAUCUAGGUGCAAUUCGUCUACUUGGAAAUGGACUAUCUUCGAAGUGGUGUAAUCACAACCAUAACAGGUCAGACUGGAAACCAAGUUCGAAGACCUUGGACCUUCACAGUCCUUGGUGGGAGUCCAAUGCGGCUCUUCGUAAAACCGAUGGAGCUGUGGCCGUAGUCUUAGCACAAAGCGCUGGAUGUGGCGGUGGAUGCGGAGGAGGAGGUUGUGGAAGUAACUGUGGUGGAGAGUGUUCGGGUGGUGGAUGUGGUGUACCGAUCAAAGACGCGAACACAGUUCAUCACGUCACUGCUGGUGCCGGUUGCGGAAGCGGAUGUGGUGGAGGAUGCGGUGGUGGAUGUGGUGGAAUGCUCAAAGCCUCAAUCACAGUUCAACCAAUCACUGCUGGUGCCGGUUGUGGAAGCGGAUGUGGUGGAGGUUGCGGUGGUGGAUGUGGUGGAAACUUUGUCAAAGCCUCAACCACAGUUCAACCCGUCACUUCUGGUGCCGGUUGCGGAAGCGGAUGUGGUGGAGGGUGCGGUGGAGCAGUCAAAGCCUCAACCACAGUUCAACCCGUCACUGCUGGUGCCGGUUGCGGCAGCGGAUGUGGUGGAGGAUGCGGUGGUGGAUGUGGUGGAAUGCUCAAAGCCUCAACCACAGUUCAACCCGUCACUUCUGGUGCCGGUUGCGGAAGCGGAUGUGGUGGAGGGUGCGGUGGAGCAGUCAAAGCCCCAACCACAGUUCAGUCCGUCACUUCUGGUGCCGGUUGCGGAAGCGGAUGUGGUGGAGGGUGCGGUGGAGCGCUUAAAGCCCCAACCACAGUUCAGUCCGUCACUUCUGGUGCCGGUUGCGGAAGCGGAUGUGGUGGAGGGUGCGGUGGAGCGCUUAAAGCCCCAACCACAGUUCAGUCCGUCACUUCUGGUGCCGGUUGCGGAAGCGGAUGUGGUGGAGGGUGCGGAGGAGCACUUAAAGCCCCAACCACAGUUCAGUCCGUCACUUCUGGUGCCGGUUGCGGAAGCGGAUGUGGUGCAGGAUGCGGUAGUGGAUGUGGUGGCAGAGCAGCAAUAUGAGGGACUAACACAACACGUGACAGCGACUAAUUUCUUCAAUUCGUGAAAACUGAUGAUGUAGGACUUGAAAGAAGGAUCCUAAGGUAUGAGGUUAGCAGCAGUUGGAGUUCUCUUGCUGAGCAGGAGCACAGUUUUUCAUGACUCCCCGUUGUAUAGACAGGAAACUGGGAUGAAAUCUGAUCUGCAUACAGGUAUGUCAAUCAUAAAAAAGCCAGUUAAAAAGAUAGAACCUUUAAAAAGAAAUUUACAAUUUCUGUAAAUUUCACUAAAGUGUUACCUGAAAGAGGUGUUAAGGAUUGUAUGUCCUUCGCCUCAAGUGAUAUUUCAAAUGUAUUUUAUCUCUCCCCUUGAGUACACCAAAUGAAGAUGAACUUUUGCACGUCUUUAGAUCAUC